UAUACAAAUCAAACCCUCUUUUUACAUGACUGCUUUUUCCACCUACUUUUUUAAGAGAAGGGAAAGGUGGUGGAUUUGAGCUGAGCCAAAAAAGUGUGCCAAAAAAAAAAAUUGAACUUUGUUAAAAGCAAAGAAAAGAUGAGAUUUUUCUGGGGGUGGGAAGGCAACAAAAGAAAAGACAGAAAGUGCACGUCAGAGUUAGCCGUAGGGUUGUGGCCUUCUCUCGGGAUGUGCUAGCAGCCAGCUCUGGACAAGAGUUUGAGGAUUACAGGGCGAUGCCUUCUCAAUUCUCAUCCACACCCAUCCUUCUCUCUCCCAUAUAAAAAAGAAAAAGAAAAAGAAAAAGAAAAAACGGUCUUGCUAGCUAGAAGCCCAGAAGUUGUUGGUUUGGUCUAGUUCAAUACAUGCUUUGUUCUUUUAUGCGUGUGCUAUAAUUGGAUUUUCUUGAAUUUAGCAAGAAAGGCCAUUGAAUCAUGAUCAAGUAGCAGUAGCGGGUGAAGGGUGGUUGUCUUCUUUCUUUUCUUUUCUGUUUUCAUCAAAAAACAAAACGUUGUCUCUUGGGUUGAUGCCAAAGGAGGAAGAGAACAUCAUCUCAGGAGAGGCUGCAGCUGAAGGCAAAUUUUGGGAUUCAAACAAACAAAGAGUCUUGCUUUGAAAAGAAAAAAAGAAGAGAAAAAAAAAAGUAUCUUUUUGCCGCUGUACCUGAUUCCUCUUCUUCUCUUUCUCCAUUUUCACCUGCUUUAAUGCUUUUUUUUCUAGGUCUCGAUUUGUCUUUAGAUCUCGCACACAUAUCUUUCUCUUACAUGGUAGUACUACUAGUACUGCUUUAAAUUUUAAGGUUUGUGACUCAUGCUGCAAUAUCCCUUUAGAUAUCUUGAAAGUUUGCGAUGAUUAGAAGUAGCUGCUGAUGUUAGCCAGCUCAUAUAUAUCAUAAGACGAAUGAUGAAAGGUCUGAUAGUCCAGCAGCAACCAGCACAGCCCGUUAUGGAGGAAAACAUGUCUAAUCUGACCUCUGCUUCUAAUGAAGCUAGUGUUUCUUCUGUCAAUAGAAAUGAUAAUGGAUCAGGAGGCAGCAUAUAUCCACCACAGCAAUACUUUGCUCCCCCAAAUCAAACUCAGGUUGCUCAACCUCAGCAAGCAGUCAAGAAGAAGAGAAAUCUGCCGGGCAAUCCAGACCCUGAUGCGGAAGUGUUAGCUUUGUCUCCCAAGACUCUCUUGGCAACAAACAGAUUCAUUUGCGAAAUUUGCAACAAAGGGUUUCAGAGGGAUCAGAAUCUUCAACUUCACAGAAGAGGUCAUAAUCUGCCAUGGAAGCUGAAGCAGAGAACAAACAAGGAAGUAAAGAAGAAAGUAUACGUGUGCCCAGAAGCCAGUUGUGUCCACCAUGAUCCGUCAAGGGCCCUUGGGGACCUAACCGGAAUCAAGAAGCACUUUUGCAGAAAGCACGGUGAGAAGAAGUGGAAAUGUGACAAAUGCUCAAAGCGGUAUGCAGUUCAAUCAGACUGGAAAGCUCAUUCCAAAACCUGUGGCACUAGGGAGUACAGAUGUGACUGUGGAACCCUUUUCUCUAGGUAACUAACUGAACUCAAUUCAACACCUCCAAAAUCAUCAGAGUGGAAAGGAAUUAAAAUCCUUCAAACCGAAAUCUUCCUAUCGAAUAUUCGUUUUUUUAGAUGUAUAUGGGAUUUGAUACACUUCUUAUUUUCUAGCAGAUAAAGUCCUUCGC